AUGGUUUCCUUGCAUGGGAGCGAGAAUCUGAGCAGCUCUUCAGAAGGUAGUACAGAUGAUAUAAUUCUGCAAAGGCCUACUCGCCAUGAUUCGUUUUUCAAAGAAAAUGAUGUUAACACAAGAGACAGCACUUUUAGUGUUGUACUGAACGAGUCUUUCAUUCCAGAAGGCAGCGAUGACAGCAGAGAUAGAUCAACUAGCAUGGAAGACCCAGGACUUCCAUAUUCGAGACCAUCUCACUCAUACUCUAAUUCGAAUUCUUCAAGCUCUUCCAGACAACGUAGACUGGCGAACAAUAGAAAUUCACAAUAUAUGAGACUUUCCAUUAAUUCAGGAAGCUCUGGAUCAGGUUCACAUUCAGGAGCUUCAAAUAUACAAUCGCGAAGGUUUUCCAGUACAAACACGAGUAGGGACACGGUAAAUACAGCCGCGCUAAUGGACACAAGGGAAUCGAGAGAAGUAAGUGGAACUCCGCUGGUUCAUUCAGCUAGAGUAAACAGCCCUGAAUGGACGAGUGGCAGUCAUUCUGGAAAUGACUCGCUGCCGCAGGACACUAGUAAAGACAACACUGAUCAUACUGAUCACACCAAAAGAUCAUCAAGGACAGUAUCAACAUCAGCUCUUGUUUCUUCAGAUCGCGCCUUAGAAAGUAUUAUUAGGGAAGAAAACGAGAGCGAUGAGUCUCCAGAGAGGAAAAACAGAUCAUCAUCUUUUUAUCCGCCUCAUAAUGACACGAUGAUAACAGAUGAAAACACUCAAGAUCUGAUAGAGAAUUACGAGUAUCAUGAGGGUAAACCAGCAAUUGAAGAAGCAGUAAAGUUGUUUAAAAUGGAGGCUAGAAGAGCCAAUAGGCUGGUGUUACCUAGUGCUGAAAAUAAGGAUUUGCAUAGGAGACAAACCUCUUUACUCUCCAGCAUUUUAGUACCACCACCUAAAUCAGCUCAUAAAGUUUCUCCAACUAAUUCGAAAACUCAGGAACAGGCAAGACUUAUACCAGCUUUGAGAAAGGUAAGCGGAAGUACGACACCGACAAUGAGACAGGGAGGCUUUGCACCACAGGAUAAUUCGCAAAAAAUUGAUGACAAUCCAUUCAAAACUAAAACUCCACCGCCCCCAAAAUCAGCAUCGAUAGAAAGGAAAGAUUCAUUAAAUGACAAUGACUACGACACAUUAUAUUACAUACGAGCAUCAAGGAAAAGGCUAGAUGAAUUAAAUGAUAUAGAAAGAAACUUGCCAUUACAGAGAGUAGACGUCUCGUCGGUUACGAGCCAAGAGUCUAAAGUCUCAAUUUGGUCCCAGUUUUCUGACCUCUUCAGUUUUUCACGACUAUUUCUUUUACUUCUAAUCUGUCUGAUGGUGCCUCCUUUAUUCUUUUUUGUUGGAUUCGGAGAAGUAACAGGCUUUGACGAUGAGAAACUUAUGAAGUUUAUCAUGCAGAAGCAAUACAGAUCCGAAUUAAUGCCGGGCUUCAUAUGGGCAGUCGAUCUUGGCUGGCUCAGGCGCUCAUUCGUCAUUCUUGGUUCAUUAGAAACCUUACUAUUAUUCGCAUGUGUUGGAAUUGGAUUCGGGGUUGGAUUAUCGAGAUGA